CGUCCUCUUUCCCCCCCGCCCAACAUUCCACCUCCCAGGCCUUGUCCGCUGCUCAAUCCUUUCUCUGCUGAGCUCUUUUCCUUGGGAGCUGCCGCUGCCCUCUCUUAGCCAGUCUUCUCUACCCCCUACCCCGCGCUGCUGGGUUCAGCGGGACAAACGAAGCCCAUAGCCAUGGCGACCCCCUCAGCUGCCUUUGAGGCCCUUAUGAAUGGAGUGACAAGCUGGGAUGUCCCUGAAGAUGCUGUCCCGUGUGAACUGCUUCUUAUUGGAGAGGCUUCCUUCCCAGUGAUGCUGAAUGACGUGGGCCAGGUCCUCAUUGCUGCGUCCUCCUAUGGCCGAGGCCGCCUGGUGGUGGUAUCCCAUGAGGACUACUUGGCGGAAGCCCAGCUCACUACCUUUCUCCUCAAUGCAGUGGGGUGGCUUUGUUCUUCCCCUGGGGCUCCCGUAGGUGUACACCCAUCCCUGGCACCUCUGGCCAAAAUCCUUGAGGGCUCUGGAGUGGAGGCGAAGCUUGAGCCGGAAGUGAAAGACUCCCUGGGGGUUUACUGUAUUGAUGCCUACAAUGAAACCAUGACUGAAAAGUUGGUCAAGUUUAUGAAACAUGGAGGAGGUUUGCUGAUUGGAGGCCAAGCCUGGGAUUGGGCCAACCAAGGUGAUGAUGAAAGGGUUCUGUUCACAUUCCCUGGGAACCUCGUGACCAGUGUGGCAGGCAUUUACUUCACUGACAACAAAGGAGACACAAGUUUCUGUAAAGUGUCUAAGAAGAUGCCCAAGAUUCCAGUCUUAGUUAGUUGUGAAGACGAUCUCUCCGAGGACAGAGAGGAGCUUCUGCACGGGAUUUCUGAGCUGGACAUCAGCAACUCGGAUUGUUUCCCAUCCCAGCUGCUAGUGCAUGGCGCUUUAGCCUUUCCCCUGGGGUUAGAUUCCUACCACGGCUGUGUUAUAGCGGCUGCUCGCUAUGGCCGGGGCCGGGUGGUAGUGAUGGGCCACAAGGUAUUAUUCACUGUGGGUAAACUGGGCCCCUUUCUGCUCAAUGCCGUGCGCUGGCUUGAUGCGGGCCGCCGAGGCAAGAUCGUGGUGCAGACGGAACUAAGGACAAUGAGCGGCCUGCUUGCAGUGGGGGGCAUAGAUACCAGCAUUGAGCCCAAUCUAACCAGUGAUGCGAGUGUCUAUUGCUUUGAGCCCACCAGUGAUGUAGGAGUCAAGGAGCUGCAGGAAUUUGUAGCUGAGGGUGGGGGCCUGUUUGUUGCAGCCCAAGCCUGGUGGUGGGCCUUCAAGAACCCCGGAGUGUCCCCUCUGGCUCGGUUCCCAGGGAACCUCCUGCUCAACGCCCUUGGCAUCAGUAUCACAAGCCAAAGCCUCAAUCCAGGGCCCUUUCGUACUCCAAAAUCGGGGAUAAGGACCUAUCACUUCCGCUCCACUUUGGCUGAGUUCCAGGUUAUAAUGGGCAGGAAGAGAGGGAAUGUGGAAAAGGGAUGGCUGGCAAAGCUGGGGCCAGAUGGUGCAGCUUUCCUGCAGAUCCCCGCAGAAGAGAUCCCUGCCUAUAUGUCUGUACAUCGGCUCCUCAGGAAGCUGCUGAGUCGAUACCGGCUCCCAGUGGCGACCCGAGAAAACCCAGUCAUCAAUGACUGCUGCAGGGGUGCUAUGCUCUCCCUGGCCACUGGUCUGGCCCACUCUGGGAGUGACCUCUCUCUGUUAGUCCCAGAAAUUGAAGACAUGUACAGCAGCUCCUAUCUGCGCCCCUCUGACUCUCCUAUCACCGUUCAGGUCAACUGCAACAAUCCAGGCACCCGAUAUUGCUGGAUGAGCACUGGGCUGUACAUACCUGGAAGGCAAAUUAUAGAGGUCUCACUGCCUGAAGCUGCUGCUUCUGCUGACCUGAAGGUACAGAUUGGCUGCCACACAGAUGACCUGACCAGGGCCAGCAAGUUGUUCCGAGGCCCACUGGUAAUCAACCGGUGCUGCUUGGACAAGCCCACAAAAUCAAUCACCUGCCUCUGGGGCGGCCUCCUCUACAUCAUCGUGCCUCAGAACAGCAAGCUGGGUUCUGUGCCCAUCACUGUGAAGGGGGCUGUGCAUGCUCCAUUCUACAAGUUAGGGGAGACAACCCUGGAGGAUUGGAAGAAGUGUCUCCAGGAGAAUCCAGGUCCCUGGGGAGAGCUGGCUACGGACAACAUCAUCCUGACAGUGCCAACUGCCAACCUUCGCACACUGGAUAAUCCUGAGCCGGUGCUUCGCCUCUGGGAUGAGGUGAUGCAGGCUGUGGCAAGGCUGGGGGCCGAGCCCUUCCCCUUGCGUCUGCCUCAGAGGAUUGUUGCUGAUGUGCAGAUUUCAGUAGGCUGGAUGCAUGCGGGGUACCCCAUCAUGUGCCACCUGGAGUCAGUGCAGGAGCUCAUCAAUGAGAAACUCAUCAGAACCAAGGGGCUAUGGGGCCCUGUCCAUGAGCUCGGCCGCAACCAGCAGCGGCAGGAGUGGGAAUUCCCACCACACACCACCGAGGCCACCUGCAACCUGUGGUGUGUUUAUGUGCACGAAACGGUCUUGGGCAUUCCUCGAGGCCGCGCCAAUAUUGCCCUGUGGCCCCCAGUACGGGAGAAAAGAGUCAGAAUCUACCUGAGCAAGGGUCCCAAUCUGAAAAACUGGAAUGCGUGGACAGCACUGGAAACAUAUUUACAGCUCCAGGAAGCCUUUGGUUGGGAGCCCUUCAUCCGUCUCUUCACUGAGUACCGUAACCAGACCAACUUGCCCACUGACAAUGUUGACAAGAUGAAUUUGUGGGUGAAGAUGUUCUCCCACCAAGUGCAGAAGAAUCUGGCUCCCUUCUUUGAGGCCUGGGCCUGGCCGAUCCAGAAGGAAUUGGCUACAAGCCUGGCCUAUCUGCCUGAAUGGAAGGAAAAUAUUAUGAAGUUGUACCUCCUCACACAGAUGCCCCACUGAAAUUGAAGUGAAAGAAAACUGGAAGGCUUUUGGUUAUGAAUGAAGCAGACCUCAACACAUUUCUGGAAGAGAGAAAGUGGAUGAAGCAUGAAAAAAGAAUGAAAGAGAAGGUACCUUUCAGACAGAAUAUAAGCUGAUCUGAGUAACAUAACCACAGAGAGGCUUGGGCACCUGAAAAGUCUAUCUCAUAAAGAAUUAUACCAGUUGUAAAAUUGAACCCCAUCACAUUCUACCCUAUCCCUUGUGUAUAGAAUAUAGUCAACUAUUGGUACCAGUGAGAACUCUGUUGUUGCUGUUAUUGUUGUUGUUAUUGUUGUUUAUAUAAAGGAAUUGAAUAAAUUUCCUGAGAGAGGUAGAAGUUGGUGCGUCAGAAUGAAAUUUCUCUUUUUGUGGAAAUAAGUGAUCCCUUAGCCUACCAGCUAAUUCUUUAUUGACUACUGAAACCCCCCUACUUAAGUAACCAAGUGUUUCCAGUCAUAGAAGAAGCUUACUGGAAAAACAGACCAAACCAUACAAUGGCAGAGGAAACCCAUAUCAACUCCUAUAAAAGGCAACAGUUAUAUUGAUGCUUAAGUGCAAAUGGUCAGCUAGGAAUUCCCAGACAUUGAGCAUUGGGGUGAUGGUGGGGUGGGAAAGUGGGAGGGAGGGCCAAGGGAGACGAGAUGUAUAUAAGAAAAAAUUACUAAUUGGAAGCAGGAGAUUGGAAAACUGCACCCAAUUCUGGAGGAAACAAAGUCAACAUUGAAAAAGUUACUUUAAAAUCUAGUUAUAUCUUCAGAGAGAUCUGAGGUGUAUUUGUAAGAUGAAAACAGGAUGUUACAAUGAAAGGAAAAACUCUGAGAAUAAGGAGAGCCCUUCAAAAAUGAAAUAUUGUCAAAAUACCCUGUAGACAAGCUAGAAAAAAGUUGAUGUAAUCUCCCUAGAUAUGGAGCAAAAAUAAAUAGCAUAAACUAUGAAGAAAGGAAAGAUCUAACCAUUAGUGUGUGUGUGUUUUAAGAGAAAACAGAAAAUAUAGGCAAAGAAAAAAAAUAAUUGAAGAACAGAAAGAACUAAGUCUCCAGAUUCAGGGGGAUCUAAUAAAACCUAUACCAAGACACAAUUAUGUGAAAUUUUGGAAUAUUAAGAAUAGAGAGAAGACAUUAAAACUGCCCAGAGAGAAAAUAAAAUUGGGUCAUCAUAAUUAGCUUAGCCAAAAAGGUAUGAGAAAUAGACUAGGCAGCAGAUUUUUCAUCAGCAACACUAAAAGCUAGAAGCUGCCCUAACCAGUUUGGCUCAGUGGAUAGAGCGUUGGCCUGAAGGCUGAAGGAUCCCAGGUUUGAUUCUGGUCAAGGGCAUGUACCUUGGUUGUGGGCACAUCCCCUGUAGGGAUUGUGCAAGAGGCAAUGCUUCUCUCUCAUUGAUGUUUCUAACUCUCUAUCCCUCUCCCUUCCUCUCUGUAAAAAUCAAUAAAAUAUAUUAAUAAUAAAAAAAGCUAUAAGCCAAUGGAACAAUGUCUCCACAUACCUUAUGAAAAAUUUUGUACCCCGAAUUCCAUAGCAAGCCAAGCUGUUGAGUCAUUUUCUGACAUGCAAGUUUUCAGAAAGUCUACCUUCUCUGCACCCUUACUGAAGAAAUACCUUGAGGAAGUUCUCCAGCAAAAUGAGGAUGAGAACCAAGAAAGAAGAAGAAAUAGAAUCUAGUAAACAAUGGACCUCACCCAGGAAGGAUGUGUCACUCUAGAAUGACAGUUAUCCAAUAGGAUCUCUCACUCUAGAGGAGGGGUAGAGAACCAUUUUUCUGCCAAGGGCCAUUUGGAUAUUUAUAACAUCAUUCUUAGGCCAGACAAAAUGAUCAACCUAAAAAUUAGCUUGCUAUAUUUGGUCAAACAUUUAAUUAACUCAUCCCUAAUGCCUUGGCAGGGCCAGACCAAAUGAUUUUUUGGGCCUUAUGUGGCCCGAGGGCUGGAUGUUCCCCACCCCUGCUCUAGAGUAACUGUUAUCCAACAGGAUGUCUCAUUCUAGAGUGAUAGUCAGUUAUCUAGCACACAGACCCCAUUCAGAUGAGAGUAUAGUCUCAAGCUCUCUUGGAAGAAUAUUCAUUUUGUGCCAAGGAUAGUAUCACUGAGAAGCUACAAUGUUUGAGAGUAUUGAGUACAUACAUUCGUUAGUCAACAAAAAAGAAAACAAAACAAAAAUAUGUCAAGAAAUUUAAGUCCAUUUCUGAAAUAACAACAACAAAAAUAUCAUGGAAUAUAAGAAGAGACUCAAUUUGACAUUGGCGGUGAGUAUAUUUCCUUUCAAAUAACACAGGCAUGAUAUUGGAUGUGUAUGAAAGAAAAUGUCCUAGCUUCUGUGUGGCUUUCAGUAAACAGUAUUUAUAUAGCCAAAUAAUAUAGAUGCUUUUUAUAGGUUCUGAUCAGCCUAUAGGCAAAACAUGAAAGGCUUCAUUUUUUUAUUCAGAAAUGAAAUUGAAAUUAACCCUGACAAGGUACAGAAAAAAAGAGAUCAGAAAGAGGUUGAAAACUGGCUGUGGGAAAAGAGGUGGAAGGAAGAGUAGGGCUACUCAUAUAUUUAAAGUGGGGAUGGAAAAAGAGUCUACAGUUAAUGAAACAAGAACUGGAGGAUUGGUAUGUUGUUCAAAACUAUAAAUUAAACCAUUAGAAGCAUUAAAAUGAUAAUUAUAAAAAAUUUGUGGAAAGAUAAGCAAAGGACAAGUGGGGAUAGUGUAAGUUAAAUCCUUAUCUUUUGUAAUGGUGUAUUAUUAAAUAUUGUCUAAAGUUAGUAAAUCAAGAAAUUAUUGUUCAAGCAUUAUUUAAUGUUAAAAAGUUAGAAUAUCUAAAAAUAGAAAUUGUUACAUGCAUUGCCUCUAGGGAAAGGGAAUAGGGUUAAAAAGGGUGGGGUGGGGUACUGUGUUUUUCAUUUCAAGUCCUCUGUACUAUUAUAUUUAAUUUUUUACCUCGUGCAUGUAUUACUUUGAAAAUUUGUUAAUAAACUCAAAUAAAAAU